UCUCGGUAAGCCAUCCAGUAUGUCUAAGAGAGUAGCAGACAAACAAAUCACCAGUGAUUUUCCCGGGGAUCAAGAAGACAGUGAUGAGCCGCAGGUUUUCAAGGCUCUGUCCGAUGUGAUGGCAAAGAGAAAGAUCCUUAAGCCAAGAGGCCAUGGUGGUGCCGGGGCAGGAAAUCCCUUUAAAGGCGUUCAAUCCAGGGGUAGUAGCUUUGCUUUCAACAAGUCCGCUGAGUCUUCCUUCAAGCCAAUUCAAAACAAUGUUUCAGCACCUACCCCUAACAAAGAUGAUGACAAGAAUAACAAGCUUAGAGCUUUGAAUGAAAAGUUCAUCGAAACCUUGAACAAGGCCAAUGUUCCAAACACUGUGCUGGAUUUCACUGCUGCUGCAAAAAAAUACAUUGAAUAUUACGAGCAAAUCCAAAAGGGAUCCAUAGCCUCGACAAGCAACCCAUCAGCAUCCUCAACCCUUAAUUCAAACCCUGUGCCAUCAAAUAACAUGUUCAAUUUCGCACCUAAAGUCCCAACCAGCACAGAAACUAAGCCUGCUACUGCAGAGGUUACAAAACCUGCAAUUUCCUUCGGUAAUGCCUCUACUUCAGCACCUAAGCAAGACUCCAGUUCCGAUUCUGACUCAGACCUGGACGAAGACAUCAAGAUCCAAGGGCCUCAGUUUACUCUUGCUUCUAAACCUACUGUCAAAAACUCUCCUUUCUCAUUCGGUCCAAAACCAGCCAAGAAAGUUGAUUCUGAUUCUGACUCUGAAUCUGAGAUCGAGAUUAAGGGCCCUACCUUCACCUUUGAUAAACAAAUCAAAGACAACGUGUUCAAGUUAGAACCCACUACUAGUAAGGCUAGUAUCCCACAACAGAGCCAAGCUGAAGCUAAGCCUGCUGCUUUGUUUGGAGCUUCCACCACUUCCAAGUUAGACCAACCACAGCCUAGCUUUUCUUGGGGUAGCUCGGCCCCUAAAUCUGCAUUCAGCUUGGGAUCUAAAGCUGAUGCUACCAAAGAGCCAGAGGUGCCGCAGAAGCAAGCUUUCAACUUUCAGCCCAGUUCAACUUCCAUCAGCGAAAAGGAAGAGUCGGCCAAACCCUUAUCAACUAAUUUGGGUUCUUCUGCAUCUCCAACUCCAUUAUUAUUUGGAAGUAAGCCUGAAAAUAAGGCAGAAAAGGUCCAAGACAAACCUUUAUUCAAUUUCAAGCCCAGUGUAACCAAUGAAUCUUCAACUGCAUCGAGUGACACUUCAAAGCCGCUUUUUAAUUUCACCAGCACCAACAGCUCUAAUGAUAAACCUGCAACUGCCGGUUUGUUCUCAUUUCCCACCCUGAACCUGCUCCCUCUUGGGUCUAGUGAAAAGAAGGAUGAAGCUCCUAAACCAUUCUCCUUUGCAUCUACUGAAAAGAAGGAUACCACAAAUCUCUUCUCAAUAACUCCUACUGAAAAGAAAGACGAAGCACCAAAGCCUUUUGUGUUUGGUACUUCGGGUGAUUCCUCUAAACCAUUCGCAUUUGGAUCUGGCAAUACCUCUUCUGGGUUAGUGAAACCUGCAAACGGUGGCUUAUUCGGCAGUUCCAACAACGGCGGCUUGUUUGGUGGCUCCACCAAUGGUGGGGGCGUAUUUGGAAGUAAUGGCUCAGCUGGUAAGAAAGAUGAAGUUGAAGAUGAAAAAGUUCCAGAAGAAGAAACUGGUGGAGACUUCAAGCCGGUUGCACAAUUAGCAUCAGAAAAGAUUGACACCCCUAAUACCGGUGAGGAAGGUGAAGAAGUGCUCUACACCAAGAAAGCUAAAUUGAUGCUUUUUGACCCCGAGAAUAAAGAACUGCCAUAUGUCAACAAAGGGUUGGGUGACUUAAAACUUUUGAAGAAUACCCAAACCCAAAAAUCUAGAGUUUUGAUUAGAGCAGAUGGUGGGUUAAGAAUAUUAUUGAAUGCCGCUGUUUCGAAAGAUUUUACCUACAGCACCAUUGGAAAUGGUUCGAUGGUGAGAUUCCCUACCAUUAAGCCAGAAGACAAGAAACUUGAAACAUUUGUAAUCAAGGUUAAAACUCCAGCUGAUGGAGAAGAGCUCUUGCAAUCCAUUAAUGGUGCAAAGUAAUAAUUUGCCAUUUGUAACAUAUAUUUGAAUAAUUUAUUCUACAUCAACGAGGCAUGGUUAAGUAUGUCAUAUUUAAUUGUAAUAUGUGAAAUGCAAACUAUAGAACUCCGUAAUA